AUGGCAGAGCAGCAGCCGCAACCCUCAAACCAGGUGCCGGACCUCGCGACCGUCCUUCGAAACCUCGCUGCAUUGAAGCCCCAGCAACCGCAGCACGCGGCUCCCACGCGUUCCACCACCCCGCCCGGCUAUCCCACCUACCCCGUCCCGCAAGCAAAUUCCCAGCAAUUCUUCGCGCAGCCUACUGGCGCUGCUUUAGCGGAUCCGAGCCGUCCAAAUCACCAUGACUUUCCCCGCGGCUUCGCCGCCGCGCCUCAGCAGCAGCUCAAGCCCGCGCCGCCGGUCAUCGACCCGGCGACCAUCACCGAGUGGUCGCAGGGCCUGCGGUGCGUGAGCAAGAUCGCGGCGCAGAACCCGAGCUUCCAGGGGCAGAUCCAGCGGAUGAUGGCCGACCAGGCAACGCACGAGCUGAUGUGGCAUGGCAGCCGCAAGGCGCUGCAGGCGCAGCGCGCCUCGGCUGCUGAGCUGCACGCCCUGGAUGCCAAGAUCCACAAAGCGUCGCGCGAGAUGGUGGCGGUUAUGAGCGGGCAGCUGAAGGGCUUGGGCGUGCCGUUUUUUGGCAUGAAGGCCGAGUUGGUCGUGCAAGGGGAGAGGGAAGCGCCGAAGGGCAAGGUUACGGAGACCCAGGUGCUGGGGUUGCAGAGACGGAUGGUGAGCUAUUUGGAGGAUAUGUAUCGGGUUUAG